AUGGCGCUUGGUUGGUCACAAUGGAUAUUUCUCACUGCUAAUUUCGUAUCUCUCCCACUGUACCUUCUGAUUAUUGUUGCCUGUAUUGAGACAUAUAAAAGCAGCACUGCACAAAGAGCGUUUCUCCUGCUCAUAACGUCUCAGGGCAUCAUGGAUAUUUUAGCAAUGACAAACUACCUUGUUUUCUCAAUACUUCGCCAAUCGGGGCUUUUUAACAGCUUCUUCUGGCUUUAUAAGGACUCCUAUUUGGCGAACUGGUGCUUCAACCAAACCUUCUUGUCAGUUUUGUUGCGAUGUUUCGGCGUUCUAGUUAUCUCAUUUCAACGAUAUGUCUCACUUUGUGAACAUGGUCAUCUAAUUGAGCAGAUCAUCAACAGUUCACAUCGAUGGAUUCUUCCUGUUCUCCAAUGGGUAGUGCCAACAGUAUAUUCAAUACCACUUCUCCUCUUCAGUAAUGCCACUUUUGUGAGCUCACAGAACAUGGAGGUGCUAUCUGAAAGGCAAAGUAUAACGAUUGCUACGUCAAUGACAGCUUUGUUCGUCUUCAUCACUUUCUUGCUGUGCAGCUUAUGCUAUGGAACCAUAUUGAGAUUUCUGAUCAAAAACCGGAAGAGUAGCAGCGUGUUUCGUUUAAAAAUGCCUUCAUCUUGCACCAACAUCCGCCUUGUACAACACUAA